AUGAUCUCUCUUCCAGAAGGUUCAACCUUAUUUGGAUUGCAGCCGGAUAAAGGAAAGAGCCCAGUGUGGUACGAAAGGUUUCUUGAUGCCCGCUUAGCUCGGCCACAGACUUCCGUGAACGACGAAGAUCUAAGCGCCAAGAACGCCAACUAUAAUCUAAUGCUCAAUCACACAGCCCACAGUCUCAAAAAUAUGCUCAUCGAGCAGAUGGCCAAACUCUAUAUCAUAAGGAGUGGUAUAGUUGAUCAGACCCUAGCUGAAGAAUUGAAGAGGACUGAACCAGACUAUAUUGGUCACCAACCAGAUUGUACCGAACGCGCUGAUUCAAUUAUUAACUUAUUUGAACACUUGUUAUUCGAUUUCGUGUUUGGCAUACCAGAUUGA